AGGAGAGGGAGGUGGGGAGGUGAAGAGCUCGAUGAGGGAGAAGGGUUCGGGCUCUUUACUUUUUGGUUUGUUCUUUUAGACGUGGGGAGGUAAAAAAAGCAGAAAAGCAAGUUUUGGAAGGCAAAAAAUUUUUACUUUGUAUAUAAAGUAAUUAUUUUGAUUUUUUUGAUAUUUGCUUUUUGUUUUUUAUGAUGUUACCAAAUAUUAUUUUUUAUUUUUACUUUUUAAAAAUUAAAAAGUAAAAAAAGAACUUUUUUAAUGGCUAACCAAACACAUUCUGUACCGUAAACGCUUGUAUCUUGUUUACACCAGAUAUGGUCAGUGUAUUAUGCUGGCCUUCUUAGCAUAUAUCGUAAUACUAUGGUGAAUUUGUAAAAGCAUGCAACCUUAAGUACCGUUUGUCAAUUUCUUACUCUUUGUAGCUGUUCUUUAAUUGGUGAAUGCACUUUUUACUCCCAAGAUUUUAUCUAAAUUUCAGUCAAAAAUUAAAUUAUAUAUAUGAAAUGAAACUUGAGAAUACAUAAGGCUCAAGAACAACAGUUAAUCUGGAUCUUUCAUACAGAGAUCAGAAAAGAAAAAGAGAAGCACGGUGUUUAUGAAAUAUUAUCAUAAGUUUGUUUGUGUUCGGUGGAAAUAACAGGGUAAUUAGAGACUGGUCUUUUAGGCAUAUGAUUCCGAUGAAGGAUAUUUGAAGAAUAUCUUUGACGCAAUUGAAGGAACAUGGAAGUGGUGGAGAUAUGGCUAAACAGGGAAGGAAUUGAGGUUGGUGUGCGUUAAUGAAACACUGAACUUGGAUGGCCGUUGUAGGCCAUGGUCGACCGGUAAUUUUGGGCGCUGGAGUUUGGUGAGUGGAAACUGCUCAUCUGUUUGCGGCAAGGCCUGCUACUCGUAUGUCUACAAAUCUUUAGGUCUUUUGAGAGGAUGUUUGAGCUGUUGUAGGCAUGUUUUCCUAGGUAGGAAGAAGUGCAUGCUAGUCAAAGUGAAAUUUUGUAGGGAAUACAAGCGGUUUUAAUUGGUGGGUGUAAAGAAUGAAGGUUGAAUAUAAGCAAUUAGUUUACAGGGAUUUCUGGCAAGCUGUAUCAUUUACACGUGCUUGAGAUUGUAACAGACUUUUUGCUGGGAAUAAAACAAGUCAUCACGGAUGGGAAUGGAAAGCUUCCCAUUUCAUGAUGGGAGAAACAAAUUCUCCCCUUCCCAGAGAUGACAAAAGAUAUACUACAAAAGGGAUGACCGGGUCCUCUACAUCAAGACAAACAACAAACCAAACCUACUGUGUUGCAUGGGUCCCGAAGCUUUACAGACCCACUUGGGCCUUAUUAAAGAGAGUCUAGAGAAGUUGCACCAUUUCCACGAGGCCAGAGAAAGAUGGACGAGGGAAAAGGCCAGCGGCUGUUUGUCCAUGUUAUCGAGGGUGGGGUAGGGGCCUUGUUUUGGAGGGCAGCGAUGCAGGAAUAAGCCAACCAGCUGUCCAAAUGGCUCAUGAUAUGAAUGUUUUCCAGUCGCGGACGGUGGCACAUGACAAGUGUUUGCAUCGCUCUCUCCUUUAGAGGUGGUUGAGGACAGAAUGGUUCUUUCAUUUUUUUUUUUUUUUUACCUCCCCUUUUUCUUUUUUCCUUUUUAAUUCUCUUCCCUCCUUUUGUUCUUUAUCUCGCCAAGCACUCCCAUGUUUCUUUACUUUGUCUGCGCCCCUCAAGGCUAUCCACUAAAACACCCACUUGAGGACACUGCUGCCACUGAAUGCCCAUCUUCACGCGCUCUGGCACCAUCUCAACUCAUGUUCUCAUGCAUUCUCCUCUCUGGUUGUUAUACUAACACAAAUGGAUGUGUUUCUUUAGAAAGAUAACAUGCAAGAAUGUUGUAUAUUAUACCGUCGAACAAGACUCGUGCAAAAGCUAAUCAAAAGAUUAGCUUUAGCCUUUACCAAAAGGAAAAAAAAAAAGAUUAGCUCUGGCGAUGCACAAUGCCCACGGAGACAACUUGUGAUUGUCGAUGACGGUUGGCAUCUGUCUAAUUUUUUGAGGAGUUCAAGUUACACUGACAAGUAUUGUCCCCAUCUGAGGGGAUUGAUGUUACAUGUCCGUCUGGAAGCCAAAGGUUGUGUGAGCUUGCCUCAUAUUAUUGGAGCGUUCAAGCCUGUGUUAGGUUCAGUCAUGUCCUUCCAGCUGGGCUAUUAACUGCUUGAACUAGACUGAUUUCUGAUUAUUAAGUUUGUUCGAGAUUAGUCUUGCUUCAUAACAUCGCGACAGAGGCGAUGACAAAGUAGUUGUUGACUGGCAGCAAUUAGAGCUAACGUUAGACUUUUUUUGACGGGAGUCCUUGAUGCUGGGCCCCGGUGACUUGAUUUUAUUGUGUCACAGCAGCAUGAUUUGCAUCAAAUCAGAACCAGGGCUCAUUGGCAGUGCAGUCUGUGAUGGGUCUUGAUUCGUGAAGGGGAUGGGAGAUUUUAGAUUACAGAGAGUAAAGGCAGGAACAAACUUGUAAUGGCGCAAUGGCUGUUGGUAAAACUUAACUCGCUCACUCCCGCUCCAUUCCUCGAAAGGCGAUCUUGGACGUACGGUGGCACCUCGCCAUGGUGGUAAGGUCUGGAAGAGACCUGGUUUCUUUUUACACGCAACAUUAUUAGGUGGGGCUUCAGUCCUCCUAUGCUUUCUCAAAAGGUGAUCUUCGAGAUAUUGUAGUCUGAUUGGCAAUUACGAAGGUUCAGAGAGUGCAAUGUCGAGAUCAUGUGUUGGCCCACAGAUUAGUUAUGGCCAAUGAAUACGGUUGUAAUGUCUCGGUCUGCUGCCCCUGUAACAAAAGGAAACAAGAAGAGACAAGCCUCUGCGAUGCAUGAACAUGUUCCCUCGGAUUACAAUAUAUUCCUCAAGAGGUAGAAGAUAAGCACCACAAAUCGUGGUUAUCCGACCUAUACUUAUCCUCCCGUUAAAUCAAAUUACAACAAAGGCAUCGCGGAUCAAACAAUGCAACGGAAGCACUCCUCAUGUUACUCCAAAAUUUAGACCACUAAAACCCAAUGGAGCAGUCAAUCCCGGAAGAGUGCCGGGAAUAACUAUUACCACCCCCAAAUUUUUCCUUCCCGAAUUCCAUGUCCCGUUUUGCCUUUUAACUGACAGUCCUCUCAACUAAUCAUCUAUCCCUUUUGUCUUAACGCUUCAAGAAUUCCUCUAUAACUACCCUGCUAGUUCGAAUACGAAGUCCCCUUGCAAUUCGGGCUCGAACCUAUAAAACCACUCACUCUUCACUCUCCCUUCCAACAAUCCCCAUCAUGCCUUCUGUCUCCGACGAGUCCUUCCGCAACCUCCUCCUCCGCCACCCUCGCCACUUCGAGUUCGAGUCCGUCCGUGAGGUCCCAGACUCACACGCAUGGCCUGACCUCCAUGACCACCCGUCCGUCGAGCCGUCCGGGCCGGACUCGGUGCCAGUGGUUGACCUUGCCAGCCCCGACGCCGUUCCACGCGUGGGCCGGGCCUGCGAGGAGUGGGGUGUCUUCCAAGUCACCGGCCACGGCGUACCUUCGGACCUCCUUGAUCGCCUCGAGUCCCAAACCCGGCGACUCUUCUCCCUCCCCACCCACCAGAAGCUCAAAGCCGCUCGUUCUCCCGGUAACAUCUCGGGCUACGGUCUCGCCCCCAUCUCUUCUUUCUUCUCCAAGCUCAUGUGGUCCGAGGGCUUCACCAUCGCGGGCUCCCCUCUUGAGCAUGCGCGCAAGCUCUGGCGCCCCGAGGACUCCGGUGAAUUCUGUGAUGUCAUAGAAGAGUACAAGGAGGUGAUGAAGGAGCUGGCCGGGAGGUUGCUGCACUUGAUGCUGCUCUCGCUGGGCCUAACGGAGGAGGACAUCAGUUGGGCCGGCCCCGUAAGGGAGACGGGAGACCUGCCCGCCGUGCUGCAGCUCAACUCCUACCCGGCCUGCCCCGAGCCAGACCGUGCAAUAGGCCUCGCCGCCCACACCGACUCCAGCCUCCUCACCGUGCUGUACCAGAGCAGCACGAGCGGGCUCCAAGUCCUGCGGCCCGACCCGGCCAGGUGGGUGACGGUGCCUCCCCUUCCCGGCGCCCUCGUCGUCAACGUUGGCGACCUCUCUCACAUCCUCUCCAACGGCCAAUUCCGGAGCGUCCUGCACAGAGCCGUCGUCAACCGGACGCGGCACCGUCUCUCGGCGGCGUAUAUAUGCGGCCCCCCGGCCCACGUCAAGGUAUCGCCGGUUGAUAAGCUCGUCGGGCCAAGCGAGGGCCCUGCCUACCGGGCCGUGACAUGGCCGGAGUACCUCGGCCUGAAGAGGAAGCUCUUUAACAAGGCUCUUGCGUCGAUAAAGAUCUCCAAAGAGGAAUGGGAGGGUCGCAGCAACUAACAACCUGUAUCACAUCUCCAGAGAGGAUGAUCAUGUGCGGCCCAAAGGCAAAGGGAUAGAGCGAGAAGAGGAAAGAGGAUUCGAUGGGUGGAGUUUGUUUUUUUCGGUAGGCGAUAGUGGAGUCUGUUGCUAGCUGUUAUUGGGGCAGUUCCGGGAGACGAGGUGGCCAGCAAGGCCAAUGAGGAGCUAAGGAUCAUAUCACAUCAAAUGCGAUGAGUGAAAGGGGUGUGGGCGCGCGUACAAGGAGCGCAUGCAAACAAAACGUCAUUGUUUGUAUCUUGUCUUUGGCUCUUUAAGAAAAGAAAACAAAAUUAAAAAAAAAAAAGAUGAGAGAU